AUGUUCAUCCAGGGUAUUCUGAACUGGCUGACCCUAGCGUCUCUAACGUUCAAUUCACAUAAACAUGAAGAUGAAGACCCUCUCAAGAGACUCGGAAACUUGACUCCAUACCGUGUAGCUCCUGCUCCUCACAAAGUUGAGGCAGAGUUACCUGGUGAUUGCAGUGUCGAUCGAGUAAUGCUCCUGCACAGACAUGGCUCUCGUGGACCCUCUGGCAGCGAAGAGGUGGCCCUGAUUAACUCCCUCGUCCAAACGCUCAGGAAUGGUCACGACGCUCUCCAGGAUGCUGAUCUGCCCGAGAACUUGCGUUUCCUUCAGACUGGGAAGGGAUAUGAAUCACAUUUGGUUCCAGAAAACCUGACCAUCAUCGGGCGUGAGCAGCUCUUCUCCCAUGGUGUGGAAUUCGGAUUGAAGUAUCCGAACUUCACCACGGAAACAUUAUUAUCUAGCACUACUCAAAGAGUGAUUGACUCCAUGUACUUUUUCGCUCAGGGACGUUUUGGUCGCGAAGCUGAGGACAAGGACCUACUUACAGUGGCCAAUGAAUGGAGCAACUCGUACCUCCCUCAAAUUACCGAACGCUUGAAUGACCUUCUUCCUUACGGCGUUUCCUUGACUGAUAAUAACACGCACGGUGCUUUGUACGCAUGCGCAUAUGACCUAGCCGCAGGGUAUGAGUCACCAUGGUGCGAUGUUUUCUAUGAGGGUGAACUUGCAGAUUUUGAGUAUGAACUGGAUCUCAUUAUGGUCGCAAGUGUCGGAUACCUGGUGCCCAAUAAUGCCGGACGUGUCAUGGGAAGUGUCUUUGUUAAUAAACUCAUCGAUAGAUUCUCCAACACUAGUGGGGAAGCCCAGUCCCUCUAUCUCGAAUUCGGACACGACGCUACCAUCAUGGCUGCGAUGGCUGCAAUGGAUCUCAAUAAAGAUGAACCCCAGCUGUCUCCAGGAGAACUACGCCCGCAUCGAAGGUUCCGAACAUCUUACCAAACUCCCUUUGCUGCCCAGAUGAUCUGGGAAAGUUUCACUUGUAAAGAGUCAUUCGAUGGACCACAAAUUCGACUGGUACUUAACGAAGAGACAUAUCCCUUGCGGACUUGCGCAGAAACCAAGAAAGAUAGCCGAUUUGGGACUUGCUCGCUGGAUGCAUUCACAAGAGCCAAUAAAUUUAGCACCGAUAUCGAGUUCAACGAUGAUACGUGGCAAGCAGCCUGCGGUGCCAGGACGAACGUGUACCAAUCCUUGAAUCAUCAGCAGUCAUUUGGAUACUUGCUUCAUUGA